AUGUUGCCUUUCGGACUUCGCCCAGACAGCCUACACCAGGCCUAUGGCCAAUUGGCUGCAGAUUCCAACGGCACAGAUUCUGAUAGGUCGGAUGAGUGUUGCCCAGAUCCAGAACCUCAAGUAUUCAAUCCCAACUUGGACGAUGUCCUCCAUGUUCGGCGUCUGUUCCAAUUGAAGCUCUCACACGCUCUACCUGAAGAGCUCAUCGAUAUGAUCAUCGAUGCCGCGGAAUACUGGCCUUCGGUAGAGCAAAAAAUGCAAAACCAACGGAUCAUCAAGAAAGACUGCGAUCAAGUUUUGCUAAAGACAGUUCCCUUCUGCUAUGAUCGGAAUAGCUUGGAACAAGAAUCGAACCCUACCCCCCUACCUCAUCGCGGAGCACAUCCUUGUCGCAAGAUCGUCUUCAAGAUCUCAUCUCACGAUCAAGGCGGUGGGCGGCGUCGCGACAACAUGUACGAGUAUUCAUGGACCUGGUUUGACGCCGAAGUGAUCCGCGGCGCUCACAAGAGGAACAUGUAUGUCGACGGAACCGAACAAGAGAUUCUCGAUAAUGAGCGUGGGCAAGUUCGAAAACACUAUACCGAGGCAGAUGCGGAGCUAUUGCCGCGUGACAACAAAUUGCAAGUCAAUGCAGCCCAUGUGGACGAGAUACAGCACAACAAGAUCGUUUGGGACUUUCGAGAUGAUAUCCAGGCAGACUCGCCCGAAGCCUUUGAAAUUGAGAGAACCCUAGGUCGUGGCCGUGCUACUCUUGAUGGGCACGGAGUGCGCGAGUUGGAGAUCGGCGAUUCGAUUGCCAUUUGGGCCCGGGCGAGGUUUCCAGGCUGGUCAAACCACGUUGAUCGAGCGAGCGUGAGGAUAUUCUGGGCUGUGUGA